AUGAAGUCGUUUGAGAACAUAGUAUUUGCAUUGCAUGAUUUUGAUGCUUCGAAUCCGGAGGAUUUGCCAUUGAGACGGGGUGAACAGAUUUUGGUUUUGAAAAAAGACGAAGGAUAUAAUGAUGGCUGGUGGGAGGGAAAUUGUGCUUUAAGAGGCCUGCAUAACAUGGAAGGACAGAAAGGUUUAUUUCCUGUGAUAUACACAAUAUCGUAUCAGGAGUUAGUUAAAAUUCUUUCUACACAGCCGUUUUCGAUAAAGAAUUAUGGGAAAACAGUCAAAGAGAAUGAUACCGUGAAAAAUGAUGUUUCAAAUAUUGAUGAUUUAUUAAGUUACAUUGAUCAUAAUGAGUUUAAAAAUAUGAGUCUUGAAGACUCAAGCGCUGGAGUUUUAGCUUGGACGCCGCAAGAUGUGGCUGCAUGGAUUGAAUCCAAAGGAUUUGGUUCAUUUGCGAACAAAUUUAUUAUACAUGAAAUAACAGGUGAUAUUUUGAUUCAAAUGGAUUAUAUGCAUUUAAAAGAAUUGGGUAUUCUCAGUUUUGGAAAAAGAUUUGAAAUUGAACGUGAAAUUAAAUUGCUUCGUAAUUCGUUAUCUAGUGAAAUAGAAAACUCAAGAGAGUCUAAAAUUCUUCCACGUUCUUCUUCUCAAUCUAUGGCUAUUUCUAAAAGUUUUCAGUUAGAAAAACCGGAAUAUGCUCAGUCUAUUCGUAGUAUUGAUCAAAUUUCGCUUAAUCGGAAAUCAUAUGAAGGUUCUCUGUCAUAUAAAAAAAAUAUAUCAUCCGAUCAGUUUCACAGGAGCUCUUUGAAUGGUGUACCAACAGAUAGAUUUAGUGCUAUUGUUUCUAGAUCAUCUCUAGAGCAUUCGGUUCCUACUUUGUAUGAAAAUAAAACAAAUUAUUCAUAUGCUCCUGAUCGUUCUACAUCUUUGAAGUCAUGUUCUAGAAGCUCUGAAAUUAGCGUUAAUAAUAAUAAUAAUAAUAAUAAGAGUGCAUGGAAAGCUACUAACAAGCUAGUUCGUGGAUAUAAAAAAAAACCUAAAUCUUAUGCUAUAGUCGAUUAUUCACCAAGCAAUAAUAAAAUAUCUGAUCAUAAAAAAAGCGCUCGUCUUUCUAAACGUAUUAACCAGGAUACAUUAAAGGCAUGUCCUUAUGGGGAUUAUAAACAAACAAAUACACUCAGUACAUUAAAGGAAAUACAUUCACUUAAUACAGAAUCUAGCGAAACAUUUAAAGUAGAAAAAGAGUUUUUGAAAAUGUCUUCAAAGGCGCCUUUGAAAAAACCAAGUAAAUUAUCUGUUAACAAAAAGUCUUUAUUAAAGAAAUACCAAAAACUACCAACUGGUAUAAAAGAAGGAAUUAGGAAUAUUUCAGUGCAGGACGCUAUAAAAGAAGCUGAUUAUUAUGGCUGGAUGCGUAAAAAAACAGAUAGAUAUGGGCAAUGGAAACUUCGGUUUUUUUGUUUGACUGGUACAAGGCUUUCGUAUUUUUAUAGUGAAGAUGAUGUCGGGGAAAAAGGACUUAUAGAUAUCAAUUCUCAUCGUGUAGUUUCAAUGAAUAAUCGAUUUUUUUAUCGAGACGGUAAAUUUUGUUUUAAGAUUGUUCCUCCUGCUCCUGGUACAGCUAAAGGGAUCACUUUUACUUCGCCUAAAGUUCAUUAUUUUUCUGCUGACACUUUGGAAGAUAUGAAAGGGUGGGUCAGGGCAUUUAUAAAGAUUACAAUCGGAAGAGACGAGUCUGUGCCAGUGUUAUCUUCUUGUAAAGUUCCUACUAUUUCUCUUAAAGCUGCCAGAGAGAAAUUAAGCAAUGAUGCUUCAAUUGAUCCUAGUUUACACUCAGAGUGCUUAAGCAAGGACUUUUCUACAAAUGUUUCUCAUCAAGAACGGAUUAUAUCUCCAACUAAGUCUUAUAUUAAUGAAAAAAAUAUUCUCGACGAUCUAAGUCAUGUUGAAAAUAGCAGUUUUAUUAAUGACAUAAAAUCUGCAUGGGAAAACGUUGAAAUUCUGGAUAACAGUAUUGAUGAAAACUAG